GACAAAUAGUGAAUUGAAUUAAAUAUGUGUAGAUACUAUAUGUUGGUGGCUGUGUACUUAGAGUCCUUGGAGGUUCCAGAUCCUGUCCUUUCUCUCUCUCCUUAAAUAUGGGCCCAUUACCGUUUGGAAUCCUCAAAACAACAUUUAGUCUCCCCCGAUUGAUCCCCAGUACAGUCAUCUCAUCUGACUCUAAGCAAGAGCCCCAGCCAGCAAGAUCCUUCACUUCCUCCGUGACGCAUGCCCACACCGCAUACCUUCGACCUUUGCGUGUGUAUGUAUGUAUGUAUGUAUGUAUGUGUGUGUGUGUGUGUGUGUGUAGAUGCCAAUACCAUCGAGACAGGCCACCGGUAGAUGAUCCACUGCCCAUGGACAAUGGAUAUCAUGGGAUAGGCAAAUCUUAUCCGACUGCUCCAAGACUCCCAUUCUUUCCCAGAAGACAAAGAAUCAGACCCCGGCCUCGACAACGCACAACGCCAAAAGAGCCGGGCAGCCUUCCGCAGGCAUCGUCAUCCCACUCCCCCGGCCCUUCCUACACAAAAAAAAAAAAAAAACAGACAUUAGCACCUCGCGUAUCUCACAACUAAUAUUGCCAAACACAUACUUACCCAUGAAACCAUCCACAUCCACAUCCACAACCACAACCAAACAAACCAUAGUAUCCGGCAUCUGACAUCCGGCACCUAACAUCCAGUAUCUGGUAUGGUAUGAUAUGGUAUGAUAUGGUAUGGUAUGGCAUGGCAUCUCAUCUCAUCUCAUCUCAAA